GCUGCAGCAUGUCGGAUCUUGGCUCAGAAGAGAUCGAAGAGGAGGCAGAGAAUGAUUUAGGGGAAUAUGAAGGUGGACGCAAUGAGGCUGGUGAACGGCAUGGACAUGGGAAAGCCAGAUUACCUAAUGGAGAUACCUAUGAGGGAGAAUAUGCAAAUGGUAAAAGAAAUGGAAAGGGGCUAUACAGAUUUAAAAAUGGUGCAAGGUACAUUGGAGAAUACCUUGAAAAUAAAAAACAUGGCAAUGGAACAUUUAUUUAUCCAGAUGGAUCUAAAUAUGAAGGAGACUGGGUGGAGGACCAAAGACAUGGAAAUGGAGUUUACUCUUAUAUAAAUGGAGACACAUACACUGGAGAAUGGUUCAAUAAUUACAGACAUGGGCAAGGUACUUAUUUAUAUGCAUUAACUGGUUCUAAAUAUGUUGGCACUUGGGCAAAUGGACAACAAGAAGGAGCUGCUGAACUUGUUCAUCUAAACCACAGGUUCCAGGGAAAGUUUGUGAAUAAAAAUCCACUAGGUAUUGGGAAGUAUAUAUUUGAUAUUGGAUGUGAGCAACAUGGUGAAUAUUGUCAGGAGGAGAAAACAGAAGAAGAGGAGGAGGAGGAAGUUUUGAUACCAGUGGCUCCAAAAUGGAAAGCAACAAAAAUUACCAACCUAACACUAUGGGUACCUGAAGAGCCACCUCCUCCAGAAGUAACUCCAGCAGCUGCAGAAGGCCCAUCAACUGAGGAAUCUGGAGUUCCUGCAGCUGGCGAGGAAAGUGCUGUUGAAGCACACUCAGAAAGUCCUGAGGCUGUUGCAGAAGCAGGAGAGGCCUCCUCACCAAAAGAUAUGGAGGAAGAAGAGGAGGCAGUUAAAGAUGACCAAGCAGAUCAGGAGGAACACACUGCAACUGUUCUGUGCUAUAUCAAACACUGCACACACACUAUCACUGUGGAUAAAUGUAUUAGGAUCUAUCCCAAUCAGAAGCCCUGGAAGGAAGUCCAGCGCCUCUUGCGUGACAGGACCAAGGCCUUUAGGUCCUGUGAUGGGACAAGAUACAGUGUUGCCAGAGCUAGUCUGAAGAAAGGUAUUCGGAAGGCCAAGACUGAUUAUAAGAGGAAGAUUGAAGAUAAUUUUUAUAAUAAUAACAUGAGGCAAGUGUGGCGAGGGAUUCAACAAAUUACCAACCAUCAACUAACCAAUGUCAUUACUUCUGAGGGAGAUGCUUCAUUGGCAGAAGAACUGAAUCAUUUGUUAGCUCGCUUUGAAGUGGAGACGUCAGAGACAGCUAUAAUACAGCCACCAGUCCACUGUAGCCCACACUUCAUUGUGGAGGAAGAGAAGUCAUUAAUUAUGGAAGGCCAAAGAUACAACAUGUUCCCAUCUUUCUUCUUGUUGAAAAACUGUACACAAGACAAUGCUAAUGGCUUAGAAUGUCUGAAAACUAUUUAG